UUCAUGCGCUCGCCUCGCCGGCGGCAGAACCAAACGGAACCAGCUUCCUCACCGUCACCGUCUCACACCCAACUAGCGUGCCUUCCCCGCGAUUGUCGUCGCCGCGGCAGAAGCAGCAGGUCCCGGGGCCGGUCGUCGUCGCUCUCUGUCUCGUCAGUCUCGCACUCAGACCCACGCCUUCCCUAAUCUCCUUGUCGCCGGCAGCAGAGGCAUCAGGUCCUGGUGGGCUGGUCUUCGUUUGUCUUCUUGCUUCGAACCUCGCCGUCAUCUUCCUUCGCCCAACCGAUUUGGAGUUCCUUUCUUGGAAUAUGGAUCCCACCAUGAAACAAUUCCAACAAAAAUUAACAGAAGUGGAACUGGAAGCCGAGCUUCUUCUUUUGGCCCGGCAUAAGAUGGUUGAGAAUGAUAAAUUGAGAAAUGGGAACAGAGAAGCACUGACUGCAUUAAGGAAGAGGGCUCGGACAACCAAGACUAGUGUUCCGACUCCUUUUGAAUCGAUGAUGAAGGGAGUCACAGGGACGAGGUCAAGACCCUUGGUGCAAGAAGUGUGUAACACCUGUGGUAACCAUGAUUCAUUCGAGAAGACAUGGAUGAUGUUUCCAGGAACUGAUAUGUUUGCCAGCAUCCCAUUCCAUGCUGCCCACACUAUCUUGGAAACAGAUCAACCUCGACUUGACUUCGAGGCAAAAAAGCUACAGAGCAUAGUGAAGGAAAAAUCAUUACUUAUUUCAGAGACAGGUGCCCUUGCUGAUAAGAUAGGACCAGGCGUGGUUAGAUCUCUUGUAACCUUAAACGACAAGUCAAAGUAAGAUGCCUGAGCUUACGACUGUGUGCGACCAAGUUUUUCCUAUGUCAAUUAGUUACAAAAUGGCAAUGUGUUCUAGAAGAAAUCUUCUUAGGAUAUCUGGGUAGCUUAUCUAAUCUCUCUUGUAAUUAUAAACCAAAUGCUUAUUUUAAAUCCUCAAGUUUACCUCUUGGUUGCUUCAUUCAAUGUAAUGGAGAUUUUGUCACAGAUUUCUGGUAUUUAAAUCCUGGGUUGUCAAAGGUUCCCGUAAUUAAAUGGAUAUUAGUGAAGUUCUAGUCAAAGAUUCAAUGGAUUAAUAUUGAUUUUUGGUUGAAA